AUGCCACUACUAAAUGUGAUUAAUUCAUCUACUUUUGAUUUAUUUCUAAAUUUACUUUUUCCUAAAAAAAAAAUAAUUUUAACAGUUGAUCUAUCUACUGCAUCUAUCAGUGGAGAACAAUCCAAAUUAACCACUGGUCAACAACCUAAAACAUCAGUUAGCCGACAAGGUCAAGUUCCGCACAAAAUGAUGGGAUAUCGUAAUGCAUUAAAUGUACCUCGAAAAUUAAACGAUACUUCAUCAACGAUUCCUGAAUAUAAUACAACAUUUAAAUCAAGACGAAUUACAUAUUCAAUGUUUGAUGAUAUAAUCAAAUCAUAUAUUGAUAAAUCAACAUUAAAAUUAUUAAAUAAUGAACAAUUAUAUACAACAAUUUUACCUGAUGAUAUAAUAUUACAUUUAAUACAAGAAUAUUUCAAUCAUCAUCAUCAUAAUAGUAAUAAUAAUAAUAAUAAUAAUAAUAAUAAAGGUAUCAUUAUAGAUGGAAUUGAAUCAGAUUUUACAAAAAAUAGCAUAGCAACUAUGGAAUUAUUAUUAAAAUAUUUUAAAGAUAAUUAUAAAUAUAUAUAUACAAUAAGUAUUAAAUUUAAUUAUGAACAAUAUAAACAAUAUAUCAAUGAAAAACAAAUCAAAUUAAAUGAAAUAAAUAAUUUAUUAAAUAAAAAAUAUAAUGAAAAAUUAAUUGAUUUAACGGAUUAUGAAUAUGAUGAAUUAAAUGAUAAUGAACGUGAAAUAAUUAAUCAUUUACAAUAUGAAUUACGUCGUGAAAAACAUCAAAUUGAAUUAGAAAAAAAACGUAUACAAGAAGAACAAUUACGUGAAGAACAAGAAGCUGAAAUGAAACGUUUAGAAAUGGAACGAAACAUGAAGAAAAGAGGUAAACGACAAGAUGAAAAAACAAUGAAACCGAUUACAUCGAAUCAAGUGUCAGUUAAAGAUAAUCGUGCGUUAUCUGGUCGAAUGAGUUCAAGACCUGUGAAAGACGUUAAUAAUAAUUUGGGAAAAUUAGAUGCAGUAGAUAAAUCCCCUUUAACAGUUUUAGAAGAAACACGCCGUACAUCAAGAUCUCAUGAAAAACAUCGUAGAUCCGCAACUAGUUUCAAAGAUGAAGCAUUAGCCGAGGAAGAAGUUGGGGUGUGUAUGACAGAAGAAGAACACUUAUUGUAUCAAACCUUGAAGUCAUUUGAAGGUGACUUUCGAUCUCUGUGUGAAUUACUUAGUACAUGGAAUCGCGUUACGUUACAACAACAAACAUCAUUACUAGAAUCACAUGAAGAAAGUCCAAACUCAACUAUUGUCAAUUUACCUAUUGGUAAACGUAAUAGACAAAGUGGUUUAAAUUUUCCAUCUAAUACUGUCAAUACUAAUUUAAACAAAACAAAACAUUCAAUUGGUAAAGUUGAUCCUUCUAAUAUACAAGUUAUAAAUGAAAAUAUAACUGUUUUAUUACCACCAAUCUAUUGUGAUGUAAAUAUAAUGAAUGAAAACCCACCUAAUAAUAAUAAUAAUAAUAAUAAUAAUCCAGUUGAAGUGAAAAAUGAAAAAGAUUCAACUGAUAAUGGUGUACAAAUUAUUGGGAUACCACAUCUAGUUGUUGAAUUUCCAUUCAAAAAAGAUACAAAUAUUAUUGAAGCUAUUAAACAGGAAAUCAACUUAAUGUUAACUGAUUCAGAUUUGAUUCAUGUUGAAAGUAUAGUUGGUACAAAGAUUAAAGAUAAUUUGUUAAUGACAAACAGUUCAGGACAACAAGAACAAGAACAACAACAACAACAACAAAACACAAUAUCAACCGAACUUUGUCAAUUAUUGUCAUAUCAUUUACCUGAAUUCAAUGAAAUAAUAAAUUAUCUAGGUAUUGGAUCUGAUGGGCCACCUAUACCAGAACCAAAUAAUUUCUCAGUUAUAUAUUAUCCAAUUAAUAAUGAUACUACUAAUACAAUAAGAAAUAGAAAACAAAUAGGAAAACAAUCAAGAAUAACAAAAUUAAAUGAACAAAAAUCAAUUCAUAUAAAUUUGAAAUAUUAUGAAUUUUUACAUUCUGGUCAAGGUGAUCCAAUUAUGAAUACUAUACCAAUAGGAAGUGUAUUACAAUUAACUGAUUCAAUUGGAGAUGAAGAAUUAGAAGGACGAAUAGAAACCAAUGAAUCGUCAAAUAAACAAAAAGUUGGUGAUUCAUCACGUAAAACAGGAGGUCGAUCUAUUAAAAAAGAACGCAAAUCACCAAGACAAAAGCAUCAAACGUUAGAUCAAGGUGAAACUACAAGUCGUAAACCAAAAGUUUCUAUUGGUGGUGCAAACCUCGGUAAUGGUACUGCUCGACGUACUUCUGUCAUAAGCAUACAUUCAGAGCAAACAUCUUUGAAUGAUGAAAUUUCAAGCAUUGAAUCUAAUCAAUUAUUGAUUGGACAACCUCUCAAUCAUUUUCGUUGGAUUAUACCUGCUAAAGGACAGGUUUGUUUGAGAAUUCGUUUUCGUUGUGAUCAAGUUGGUCAGUUUGAUCAGAUAUUCAAUUUUGAAUUGUUGAAUAGUAGGAGAAUUUAUCAAUUAUACUGCCGUGGAAUAUGUGCUUUACCAUCAAUUAGCCGUGAACCAAGAUUAAUAUAUGCAAAACGUAAACGUACUUGUAAUCAAGGUGAAAUUAUUCAUGGUACCUAUUUAAUGUCUACAUCAUGUUUUGAAUUUGGACCAUUAUUAAUUGAAAAGUCUAAAGAACGAAUUCAAGAAAAUUGUUAUCCUGAAAAUGUUACCUAUUUUAAUUUAGUUAAUACAUCACAAAUGGAUUCCGAUCUUAGAUUAUACUUUUUAAAUGAUCCAGAUGAAGAAUGUUAUAAUGUAGAACCAAAAGAAUUAAAUCUUAAACCAAAUCAAUCUACAAGUGUACGUAUAUGUGCUUUUCCAAAAUUAAAUAAACGUUAUGAUGAUGCACUUGUUUGUUUAGUUAAAGAUAAUCCAGAGCCAAUUUUAUUUAAAUUAGCUUGUGAUGGUGUUUUACCAGAAUUGGAAUUGGAUAAAAAAGUAUUUAAUUUUGAAAAAGUAUUAUUACAAAGGAAAGAAGUACGUUCUAUUGUUUUAAAAAAUCGCACUUUAUUACCAGCUCAAUGGAAAUUAUCUGGAAUUGAAGCGUUAGGUGAUGAAUUCUCUGUAUCACAAGAUGCUGGCAUUGUUGAACCACAGUCAGAAUCUAUUAUCUAUGCUUAUUUUCGUGCAAUGAAACCUGUCAAACCAAACCAGAAGAGAAGCUUACGUCUUGAAGUUUAUGAUUUAGAAAAUAUUGCUGGUUUAAUACAAGUAGAAACUAUACAAGUGAUAGCUGAAGCAUAUGAUGUUGCUUUAGAUAUUACAUUUCCUAAGGGAAGUGAUGGUGGUAUUGAUUUCGGUUUAAUCAAAGUUGGUGAAGAAGUUAAACAUGCUAUUACAUUGAAGAAUAAAGGUCCUUAUGAAAUAGUAACUAACUUUAUAUUUACAAAGAAUGAUAAAUUUAAAACAGAUUUCAGUAGUAUCUUCACUAUAUCACCUCAACGUAUCAAUCUAUCUCCAACAGAUAAACUCACUCAAGUAAACCUAACAUGUUUCACACAAUCAGAGUUAAUUUUAAAAGAAGCAGAAAUACUUAAAUGUCAAAUUAUUGAACCAAAUAUUAAAGGAACACCACAACUGAUUGCAUCAAUUCCAAUAAAAUUAUCUGUAAAAGCAGAAUUCAGCAAGUUUACAAUUUCUCCCGCGCAAGAUAUUAAUUUUGGUUCACUCAUAUUAAAUAAUCAUAAAACAAGACAAUUAAUCAUUGAAAAUAAUGGAGAUUAUGAAUUUCGUUACUCAAUAAUACCUGUUAGUAAAAUGUUAGAGCUAUUAGCAACACGUGAAGCUUUAUUAAACAAAGAAUCUACAGGCACGGUGAAACAUAAAAUGUUAGAUCCAACCAUGCUGAGUUCAUCACAAUCUCGUUUACAACAGGGUUUUUUCACAUUAAGUCCAGCUAGUGGGAUUAUUCCACCUGGAAAUGCACAAAUUAUAACAGUUGAUUGUUUGGCUGCUUCGUUGGGUCAAUGUUUAGAAGAAUUAACGAUUGAAAUAUCUGAUCGUGAUAUGAAUUUAUAUCCACAUGGAAUACCAUAUCAGCUUAAAGCUGAAGGGGAUCUACCACUAAUUGAAACCAAUGAUCCUUCAAUAAUAUUUGAAGAACACCAUGUUUGCAAAAAUCUGAGUGUUUUAGAUUUGCCUGAUCUAUCAGAUACGAUUUCAUCUGGCAGUAUAUAUGGAAUUGAAGAAAAUCGUUUUGUUUAUAGAAAUGUUUUGGUUGGUUCACGUGUUGUUGCACGUUUUCGUAUAGCUAAUCGAAGUAAUGUACCUGCAGAUGUUUCAUUUGAAGUUUGUGCAGUCGGAACAAUUAGUCCUAAUCAACCAAAUGGACGUUCAAGUAGCCGAAGUAGUCAAUCUGCUAGUUGUGAUUCGUUUGAAGUGUUACCAGAUAAAGCUCAGAUAGAACCACAUUCAUCUGUUUACGCAAAUGUAACGUUUUGUCCAACAUCUAUGCAACUUUACACAGCAACAUUUAAUGUAUAUGUAGACAAUAAACUAUCUCCAAGUACCAUAGUUACUUCAGGUCGAGGAAGUACUAGUUCCAGUACAAAACGUUCUUCAAAUCCACCUGUUCUUACUUUUGAAUUAUAUGGUGAAGGAAAUCUACCACAAAUAAGUGUUUUACAACCAAAACUUCGUAAUCGUGCUGGUCAAACAAUGUGCGUGUUUAAACGCAUUCAAGUUGGUAAAAUAUCAAGUCAGACAUUAUCUCUUGAGAAUAAUGGUUUAUUAAAUAGUCGAUUAAACAUUGAUCUCAUUGAUCCAGAAGGGGUGUUUUUAUUGAAACCACAAUCUAACAAUGGUUCCCUACUAUUUUACAAUCCCCCAAACAUGUCAGCUGAUUGUACUAGUGAAUCGACUGGUAAUGAUGAGUUAUCUAUAGCUAAACAAUCAUAUUUAAUUGGUUUAUUAUUAAAACCUAAACAUCAAUUUAAUUUAUUAAUAUCUUAUAAACCAAAUAAACGUAAUAUUAAAAAUUAUGGACAAAUUCAAUUAAUAGUAGUAAAUAAUGAAUAUGAAGAUACAUUAAUUGAAUUAAUUGGUGAAUCAUUAAAUGAUGAAGUAUGUAUUGAAAAUGUACCACAAUUAGAUAAUGACAAAUAUUUAUGUAUACAAAAUGCAUUAAAACGAAUCACAUCUGUAUCAAAAUUAACAUUAGAUGAUAUGGAUUAUGAACCUAAUCAAGAUGAGAUUCAAACUACAUCAGCAUUACAACAUAACCAUUUAGACUUUGGUGACUGUGGUCCAAAUGAAACUAUAACGCGUACAAUAACAAUCACUCAUUGUGGCAAAGUUAAAGAGACAGAACCGACAAGUUUUCGUUUCAGUUGGCCAACUAAUAAUCCAAUUCUUCAAUUUCGACCAUCUGAAGGUCAUUUACAUGUAAAUCAAUCUAGACGAAUUGAAGUUACAUUCAAACCAUCUGGUUCACCAAUAACACUUAAAUCUCAAUGUAUUAAAUGUAAUCUACAUCGUAUUGUUGUGCCUGUUCCAGAGGGUUGUACGAAAGCUGUUGACUGGGAUGAUACAAAACAAGUUAUUCGUUGGGUUGAUGUACCUGGAGACAAAAUGAAUGGACCAGAUUCUUCAAAUCGUUCAAUACCAACAACAACCACAACAACAACAACAACAUCAGGAACAGUAAAUUCAUUGAAACCAACAAAUCAUAUUCCAACAAUAAUAAAUUCAGAUAAUUUACAAGAACGAAAUAAUCAUAUAAAUUGUAAUUAUGGUUCAUCUAAUGAAAUCAUUUGUCGUAAACAAAAAUUAAUUGAAAUUGAGCCAGAACCUCAUUAUGAAGAAGUAUUUGAUCAAAUAGAUCCUAAACCAUUAGAAUUAUUUAUAUCUGCUCUAGCUGAUUUUGUUCAAUUUCGUUGUGAUCCAAAUAGAAUUGAUUUUAAAGAAACAAAUAUUUUUGAAAAACGAAUAUACAGAUUUGAAUUAUUUAAUCAAGGAUUAAUUACAUUACAUUUUAAAUGGUCAAUUCAUAUGAUAAGUUCAAUGCCUGAAAAUGAAUCAAAUAAAAAGAUUACUACUAAUGAAUGUCAGAGUAAUAAUGAAAAUCAAAAUGAACACUGGGAUAAAUCACUUAUUCCGUUCAAAGUUUAUCCAAUCGAAGGUUGUAUACUACCUGGAAGAUCACAAUUCAUCGAGGUCACUUUUAGUCCACUUUUACUUGGUGAAUUUGAAGCGCAGCUUGAAAGUAAAAUUGAUAAUUUAGCUCAACAAUCAUCCAAUACAAAUCGUAAUCGACCAAUUUUGACAGCUCCAAUAAUCACAAUAACAGGGAAAUCAGGAAAUUCAAUUCUACACUUUGAUUUAUGUGACUCAGAUUAUAUCUCAAGUGGGAGAAGAAAUCCAGAAUUACCUGGACCAAAUGGAACAUUAUUCGGUGAAAGCCUAGAUCCAUUUACUAGAGUUAUUGAAUUCAAUACAAUUGGUCUAGGCUUAAAAUCUACUCGAUACUUUUCAAUUGUUAAUACAACUAGAGAAGAUUUUGAAUUUAUGAUUAUAAAUGAAGAUUCAAUUAAUGUUAAACAACCUCAAUCAGUUAAGUGUAUUGAAGAAAAGGGGAUUAUCUUAGCUGGGAAAAAAGUUAAUAUUGGAUUUGAAUACAUUUCUUAUCAACUUGGACUAAUUGAAUCAUUUUGGCGAUUUGUUGUAAACAAAUAUGAUUAUAGUAUUCCAUUACUUAUUGUCGGUAAUACAAGGGAACCAAAUAUAUUAUUUGAUCAAUCACAUAUUAACUUUAAUGCUGUACUUGUUGGUCAUCAAGUUAGUAAAACUGUCUUGUUAAUUAAUCAAGAAGUUUCAACGUCAAUAUCAUCAAUUACUUUCAAUGACAUAUGUAUGAACAAUGAAGAACAAUCCUCAAAUAUAUUAGAGUUUGAGUUUUUGAAGUCAAGUCUUUAUAGUGCUGGAAAACAAGAUUCGGUUAUUGUUGAACCAAUGUCUGGUCAUAUUCCACCUGGUACAAAAUUACCUAUUCAAAUUACUUUUCAAGCAAAUGGUGAACGUGAAACUAAUAUUAAUUUACAAUGUCUUAUAAAACAUCGUGAUUUACCUUUAACAUUAAAUGUUAAAGGUCAAGGAUAUACAAUUCAUUCAUCAUUAUGGAUUGAUUGUACUCAACCAAAUAAUAAUAAUAAUAAUAAUAAUGACAAUAUAUGUACAACUAGUGAAUUAAUUGAACUUACACCAUUAUGGUCACCAUGUAUUGGUAUACAUUUAACAGAUCUUAUUAAUAAAUCAAUAAAUCGAAUUCAAAAUGAUAAAAAUUUAAUAAAUCAAUUCAUUGAAUUAAAUUUUGGUCAAUUAUAUCCUGGUGAAUGUAUUACAAAAAAAUUAAUAAUAUAUAAUAAUGGAAAAUUAAAAUUUGAUUUUUUAUGUCAAUUUAUGUCACUAAAAGAUAAUACAGGUAUUAAUCAUAAAAAUAUUCAUAAAAAUAAUAAAGAACAACAAUUGAUUAAUCAAUUAAUUAAUGGUUUCAUUACAAACGAUAUUGUUCAAUCACCAUUAUUAAUAAUCAAUCCUAAUUCUGGUACAAUAUUACCAAAUGAAAAAUUUAUAUGUACCAUUCAAUUUCAAUUACCAAAACAAAUAAAUUAUUUAAAUAAUAAUUAUUUCAAUUUAUCUAAUUUACUUGGUAUUUGUUUAAUAAUACGUGAUGGUCCUAUAUAUGGAAUAAAAUUAUUAUGUUCAAUAAAACAGCAUUCAAUACAAUUUUCAGAAACAUGUAUUAAUUUUGGUUCACAAUUAAUUAUGCAAUCAGGUCUUAAACCAUCUAUACAUUAUUUAUAUAUAACUAAUACUAAUAAUAAACAUGAAUUAAAUAUUGAAUGUAUAACACAAUCAACAAAAAUAUUUACUUAUCAUUUUCAACCAACUAUAUUAUCAAAAAAACUAAAACAAGAAAUAAAUGGAUCGAAUUCAAAUAUUAUUUGUUUACCAAUAUACUUUUAUCCAUAUCAUAAUAAAUUAUAUAAAGAAACAAUAAUAUUUGAAAUUAAUAGUUGUAGUCAAUAUAAAAUUGAUUUAUUAGGUAAAGGAUGUGAAUUAUUAAUUGAAACAAAAUUAUAUCCAUUAUAUAUUAUGAAUAAAAUGAAAAAGAAAGGCAAUACAACCAAAGUUAUACAAUUCAAUGAAGAAGAAGAACAAGAACAACAACAACAAGGACAAGAACAAAAAGAUAAUGAAUUUAUUAAAAAUAAAAAAUGUGUCAAUUUAGGUUAUUUAAAAACUGGUCAAAUAUCACGUCGAUUUAUUAGUUUAAUUAAUAAAAGUUCUGCACCAAUAUGUAUACAUCAAAUACAUUUGAAUCAACCACAAUAUAAUAAUAAUAAUAAUAAUAAUAAUAAUAAUAGUAAUAAUAAUAUAAAUGGAAAUAAACAUAAUCCUAUUCAUAUACAAUUUUGUAAAUCAAUUUCUAUUGAUAAAAAACAAUUCAAUGAUUUUGGAUCAAUUAUAGAAGUUGCUACACCAAUUAUUAUUCCAUCAAAUGGUGGGGAAAUAAUGAUAAUGUUAAGUUUAACAUCAAAUUAUCGAUUAGCUAAAUUUACUAAAGAAGUUCUAUGUGAAAUAUCACGUAAUCAAAUUAACACUAGUAUAACGACUAAUAGUAAUCAUAGAAAUAAAGAAGAAAUGAUUUCAAUUCAUCAAGAGAAUACUAAUAUGUUUUUACCAGUAUUCUCAAUACAUGGUGCUGUUAAUACAUAUGAUAUUAAUUUUAAUACAGAAUCAAUUAAUUUUGGUUCAAUUGUACGUGGUAGUCAAUUAAGUAAACGUUUAGUUUUAAUGAAUACUGGUGAUUAUAAUACAAAAUUCGAAUGGGAUAAAUCAACAUUCACAUCGGAUUUAACUAUAGAACCAAUGAAUGGAUCUAUUAGUCCAGGAUUAGAAGUAACAUUUAUUUUAACUCUUAAACCAAGUAAAUUAACACGUGAAAUACGAUUAGAUAAUGUAACAUGUCAAAUUCAAGGUAUAGGAUCAAAAUUAAUUACUGUUAGUGGAGCAUGUGUGCCACCUACUAUUAUUAAAGAAAUACAACAAUUUUCAACGAUUGUUAGACAGAAAGAUGUUAAAAAUUUACAAAUUGUUAAUCGUACAAAUGCUAAUUGGCAAAUCAAGCCAAUUAUUGAUGGUGAACAGUGGGAUGGACCAAAGAUAAUCGAUAUACCCCCACAACAAAUAGGAAUGUAUGAAUUAACAUAUAAACCAUUAACAAUGACUUUAGAUGGAGCAAAACAUAAAGGUACAAUAUUCUUUCCAUUACCUGAUGGUACAGGAUUAUUAUAUAAUUUAUGUGGAACAUCUGAUGCACCAAAAUCAAUGAUGCGAAUAAAUCGUGAGAUUGAAUGUAAAAAAUUACAUACAGAAAUUGUACAAAUACCAAAUUGGUUAAAUAUAUCACAGAGAUUUCGUGUUUUAAAAGAAAUUCUACGACCGGAUAAAUUAGAUCCAAGUACAACUAUUCAAGGAUUAAAUUAUUUAGAUGUACCAGCUGAUUCAAGUAAAGAGUAUAAAUUGAGUAUCUUCACCUAUCGAGAAGGUUUUACAUUGAUUAAAGUUACAUUUACAAAUGAAACAACUGGAGAAUAUCAAUAUUUUGAAGUUAAUUUUAAAUCUAUCAGAAAUAAAAGUUUAGAUGUCAUUAAAAUGCAAACACCUAUUCGUAAACCUAUUACACAUACACUCACUUUAGAAAAUCCUUUAUCAAUACCAGUUAAUUUUCAAAUGAGUACAAAUAUUUCUGAAGUUCAAUGUCCAAAUCAAUUACAAAUACCUGCUAAUUGUGAAGGUAAAGUAACACUUGAAUAUUUACCAAUUAAAAUUGGUCAAAAUAAUGGAAAAUUUGAAGCUAAUUGUAAUGAAUUAGGUUCAUUUAUUUAUGAAUUAAAUUUACAAGCUACACCAGCUAGUUUAGAAUCUACAAUACAUUUUCGUACAACCAUAGGACAACGACAUUGUCAAAUUGUCAAAUUUACAAAUUUAUCAAAGAAUAAGAAUGAAUUUAUUACUAAUGUUGAUCAUUCUGAUUAUCAUUGUGAAAAACAAAUAAUUGUAGCACCCGGGGUUGAAGCAUCAAUGGAAGUUGUUUAUGAACCAACUAGUGUGGGUAAUUCACAGGCUACUUUAACAAUUACAAAUGCACAAGCUGGUGAAUACAGUUUUCUACUUAAAGGUACUGCUCUACAACCACAACCACAAGGUCCAAUAAUCAUAAAAGCUGGUGAAACAAAACAUAUCAUCUUUCGAAAUGUUUUCCCUACACCCAUACUUUACUCAUUUCAGGUUGAUAAUACUAUAUUCAAUCUACCGAAACAAAGUGAAAUUAUUAGACCUGGUAAAGAAUUUAGAAUUCCUGUUGGUCUUGACAGCAAUAUCACUAAAUCUCCAGUAACUGGUAAACUAGUUGUGACAGCAGUUCGUGCACAGUCAAGUGCACGUACAAUCCGUAAAGGACCAUCAAAUGUAAUUAGUGAUACCACUUCCCUCUCAUCAUCAUCGUCUUCAUCAUCACCACAACAGCAACAAUCAAGUUUUAUUGAUUCUACAUUUACCGAAAAAGGUGAAGGAUUUCAAUGGGUUUAUUAUUUGCGUGGUGUUACAGGAUAAAGACGAAUAAAUAUAAAACUUGCAAAUGAUAAGUUUUCUAAAAAAACAAGCCAGAGAAUUUAUUAAAUAGUAAACUCAAAUGAAAUACAAAUUUUAUAUUAUUG